CACAAACGAGUCUCUGGCUGAAACAAGGUGGUGACUUGUGACAUCAGUGCCUUAAAAACUACACUUCCCAAAAUUCCUCAGCAGCUCGCUCAUUGGCUGCUGCAAGGUAACGUCAUCUGUUUUGGAUCUGCAGAGUCAUGUGCUCCCCUGUCUUUGUUUUCAAGUAGAGAAGAGUGUGCAGGGCUAAGUUUAGCAUCACAUUGGGUCCUGGCCUGCAGCUUUAAGAUUCAACUUGAUCCUGGCUCUCUGUAGUGGAUCACUGUCACUUCUCAGCCACUGUCCAGGAGAAAAGGGCGGCCUGCAGCUAUUCUAGAAACUUCGUACCCUUUUCUGGAGUCAGUACAGGAGAUCAGAGAGAAAGUCGGGACAUUUCAGUAAGAAACGAGGGACUGAGGCUGAGCUGUCACAAUCGGGACUGUCAUGCAGAAAACGGGACAAUUGGGAGGUAUAGGCUGAAGACUUGCACAGCUACCACGUAGACCUACAAUUGAACAAUGGUUCUCAUCUUAGGACGAAGAAUAAACAGAGAGGAGGGUGGGGUACGUGAAUCCCCAGCAAAGCGUAAGGUGUUUGAGAUGGAACAGAAACCACUUACUGGUCAUGAGGUGUUUGACUUCAAUUCUGGCUCUUCUCACUCUGAGAGCAUCUUGCAGGUCUUUAAUGAGUUUCGAGAAAAUCGCCUGUUUACUGAUGUCAUUAUCUGUGUAGAGGGCAGGGAGUUCCCAUGUCACAGAGCCAUCCUUUCUGCCUGCAGUAGCUACUUCAGGGCCAUGUUUUGCAAUGAUCACAGAGAAAGUCGUGAGAUGCUGGUAGAGAUCAAUGGGAUUUUCGCCGAGGCCAUGGACUGUUUUUUGCAGUAUGUAUACACAGGCAGAGUGAAAAUCACAACUGAGAACGUCCAGUAUAUAUUUGAAACUUCCAGCUUGUUUCAGAUCAGUGUAUUACGGGAUGCCUGUGCCAAGUUCUUGGAAGAGCAGCUGGAUCCAUGCAAUUGCCUGGGUAUCCAACAUUUUGCAGACACUCACUCUCUCAAAACCCUCUUCACCAAAUGUAAAAGUUUUGCUCAACAGGCCUUUGAAGAUGUUGUUCAGCAUGAGGAAUUUCUGGAGCUGGGAAAAGCCGAGCUCAUUGAUUAUAUUUGCACUGACGAGCUUGUUGUCAGCAAGGAGGAGAUGGUAUUUGAAGCCGUCAUGCGUUGGGUUUAUCAUCAUGUAGAUGUCAGAAGGCCCAUGCUUCAAGAACUUCUAACCCACGUCCGACUCCCUUUGCUGCAUCCUAACUACUUUGUGCAGACUGUGGAGGUUGAUCAGAUUAUUCAGAAUGCACCAGAAUGUUACCAACUGCUUCAUGAAGCCAGAAGGUAUCACAUCCUUGGAAAUGAGAUGAUGUCCCCAAGGACAAGGCCUCGCAGAUCCACAGGAUACUCUGAGGUGAUUGUGGUGGUAGGAGGGUGUGAGCGAGUUGGGGGAUUUAAUCUUCCUUAUACCGAAUGUUAUGAUCCCGUCACAGGAGAGUGGAAGUCACUCGCCAAACUACCAGAAUUUACUAAGUCAGAAUAUGCCGUGUGCGCCCUCAGAAAUGAUAUUCUUGUGUCAGGUGGCAGAAUCAACAGUCGUGAUGUCUGGAUUUACAACUCUCAGCUGAAUAUUUGGAUUAGAGUUGCUUCUCUAAAUAAGGGGAGAUGGCGUCACAAAAUGGCUGUUCUGCUUGGCAAGGUGUACGUUGUGGGAGGUUACGAUGGGCAGAACAGGCUGAGCAGUGUGGAAAGUUAUGAUUCUUUCUCUAAUCGAUGGACAGAUGUGACUCCACUAAAAGAAGCAGUGAGUUCCCCAGCAGUGGCAAGUUGUGUUGGUAAACUGUUUGUGAUUGGUGGAGGACCUGAUGACAACACCUGCUCAGACAAGGUUCAGUGCUAUGAUCCAGACAAUAAUAUCUGGCUGCUACGAGCUUCCAUUCCUAUAGCAAAGAGAUGCAUUACAGCAGUGUCCUUAAAUAACCUCAUCUAUGUUGCUGGAGGGCUGACCAAAGCAAUUUACUGCUAUGACCCGGUAGAGGAUUAUUGGAUCCAUGUUCAGAACACAUUCAUCAGACAGGAGAAUUGCGGCAUGUCUGUUUGCAAUGGCAAAAUCUUCAUACUGGGAGGAAGAGGUGAGAAUGGAGAAGCCACGGACACCAUCUUGUGCUAUGAUCCUGCUACCAGCAUCAUCACUGGGGUAGCUGCUAUGCCCAGGCCUGUUUCCUACCACGGCUGUGUAACAAUCCACAGAUUCAACGAAAAAGCCUUCAAAAUGUGAACCAUUAUUACCUGGAUCAUUUUGGGUGAGGUUGGGUUGGAUAACAUUGUUUCCGCUCCUUUGGAUUGGCCACAAAGCCCAUAGACUCACCAGUUCUGGAUAGCAUUUGAGAGGUGGAGAAAGACUUGUUUGAUAUCUGUAAUAUAAUUUUCUUUAACUCUUUUAUAUAAGCAUUUUUAAUGUUAUUUGUAUUUUUUUAUUGUGUGGUGUAGGUUAAUAUCUUCUUUCCUCCAGUAUGGGUGCUGAGAAUGGCAUAUACACUCCUUAAAGGGGUUGUUCACCUUUAAAUAACUUUGCCAUUGGUUUUCAUUUUUUAUUAUUUGUGUUUUUUGAGUUAUUUAGCUUUU